UGCGUUCUGUUCAUGUAAACACAUGUAAACAGAGUCUCUCCGGUUGUCUCCCGUGUCUGUGUGUGUGUAAGGGAACGGUACCGGGGUCGGGGAUGCGGCUGCGGCUAUGCUGUGUGUCCACCGCUGGAGCUCUGUGUGUCCUGCUGCUGAGCGGCAUCGCGCUGGAGUUAACCAGAGUCUUACAAAAGCUGAUCAACAACACUGUCAAGCAAAGUCAGUCACAAAUAGUUCUGGAGAAUGGGACAGAGGCGUUCUCGGUGCAGAAUCCUCCGCCGCCGGUUUACAUGCAGUUUUACUUCUUCAAUCUGACCAAUCCCGCGGAGGUGAUGACCGGAGACAAACCCUCGGUGGUUCAGAUCGGCCCUUACACCUACAGGGAGUAUCGGCCGAUGGAGGAAGUGAAAUUCAUGGACAACGGAACCAGAGUCGCAGCAAUCAACCCAAAAACAUACGUGUUCGAGCCCAACAUGUCACGCGGAUCCCAAGAUGACCUCGUACGGACGGUCAACAUCCCUGCUGUGACGGUGAUGGAGAAAUUUAAGGACAGUAUUUUGGCCAGAUUUAUCUCUGAUUUGAUGAAGGCGAAGGGUGUUGGUGUGUUUGAGAUGUUCAGGGUUGGAGAUCUGCUGUGGGGUUAUGAAGACCCGCUGCUUAAAGAACUGCACCCGCUGGUGCCCGACGACCACUUCGGACUGUUCUAUAAGAAAAACGGCACUGAUUAUGACAGCUAUGUUUUCCUGACGGGGAAGCCGGAUUAUCAGGACUUUGCCAGUAUAGACGAGUGGAACGGACAGAGAUCGUUGAACUGGUGGAGUUCAGAAGAGUGCAACAUGAUCAACGGCACCGACGGAGCCUCAUUCCAUCCCAUCAUCACCAAAGCAGACAGACUUUAUAUAUUCUCCUCUGACCUGUGCAGGUCUCUGUAUGUGCAGUAUGAGUGUGAUGUGAGUGUUCAGGGUGUUCCUGGUUUCCGCUUCGUUCCUCCAGCUGAUGUGUUCUCCAGUCCUGACAUUAAUCCUGAUAAUGCAGGCUUCUGUGUGCCGCCCGGACACUGCCUGGGCUCCGGCCUGCUGAACGCCAGUGUGUGUAAACAAGGUGCCCCCAUCAUCAUGUCGUCUCCUCAUUUCUAUCAGGCUGAUAAAAGUUUUGUUGAGGAUAUUUGGGGGAUGAAGCCCAAUAAGGAGGAGCACCAGACCUUUGCAGACAUCAAUCCGCUCACUGGUAUUGUGCUUCAGGGAGCGAAGCGUGUUCAGGUGAAUGUUUACCUGCAGCAGCACUCAUCAUUCAGUCAAACUGGGAAAAUCCAGACGCUGGUGUUUCCAGUGAUGUACAUUAAUGAGAGUGCCUUCAUUGAUGAGGAAUCUGCCAAGAAGCUGCACGCGGUCGUCCUCAAUGCCAAUGUGGUCAUCAACAUACCGUUCAUCGUGAUCAGCAUUGGCAUUUUACUGGGCAUCAUCUUCAUCAUCCUCGUGUGUCGACAGCAGAUGCCACCGAGCACCUUGGCCGAGCGGGAGCCACUACUUUCAUCAUAAACCCAGCGUGGAACCUGGAGGACGUCCUGAUGAGCUAACAUUUGCUUUACAUGCUGAACUUGAUUAAUUUUCACACGAUGAGAGUCUGAUCAAAGAGCAUCGAUAAUGCGACAGACGACUCAAAGUGCAAAGUUCGUCUCAGGUCACCUGGCCGCCGGAUCCAUCGCCAGGUCUUUUAAUGCCAUUCAAUGACUUGUAUGAUUCAUUUGAGUAUCAUGAAACCAAAUUGCAAAUGUUCUGCCAAAUUAACCUUCCAGAAAAAGUUUUACGAUCUGAAUUGAACGAUUCAGAAAACACUAAAUGAUGCAACGUAUUACACAUCACAGGGUGGCAUAUUGAUGUCAGCUGUACACAUCACCACAGCUGGAUUAAUACGCUUAUGCAAUGCUUUAGCAAUGAGAUCAUAAACUGACAGCGCUGCCAAUUAAUGCCAAUGCAAGUUUUAAUAUUUAGUAACAUGCCAUUAUUUGUUUUAGGAUCACUAAAUUGAAAACUAAUAUUUUUUAAAUGCUGCUGUCCUGAUUGUCAUUGGUGCCAUGAGAUAAUGUAUUUACACUAAGGUUGAUUUCUGGCGAAUUAAAGGUACAGUUCACAUGAAGUUAAAAAUCUGCCACUAUUUACUCAUUGUGUUAAACACAAAGGAAUAUAUCCUGAAGAAUAAUGGGAAAAAACAAACAUAGACUUAUUUUUUGUUUCUGCAAUGGAUGUCAAUGGCUGCUUUCUAACAACAUUCUUCAGAAUAUCUUGUUUUUUCUUAAACAGACAAAGAUUUUUGUUGUUUAUAACCACUUGAAUGUGAUUAAGUUAUGAUGAAAUUACAUUUGUUUGGGUGAACUGGCCCUUUAAAUGAUGUUUUUCAGAUACAAACCCUUUUAUAUAUAAUGCAUUGGAUUAGUAAUGUUUUUAGAGUUAUUUGAAACACUUCAAUAUUGCCAUAAAAAUAAUUCAGACUAUUAAUCCUCUAUAUCAGGGAUGAUAAACUCAAUUCCUGGAGCGCCGCAGUCCUGCACAGUUUAGUUCCAACCCUAAUUAAACACAGCUGAUCAAACUAAUUAAGUCUUUGUUUGAAACCUACAGGUAAGUGUGUUAAAGCAGGGCUGGAAUUAAACUUUACAGGGCUGUGGCCCUCCAGGAAUUGAGUUUGACAUCCCUGCUCAAUAUGCAACUUUAAACUGUCUUAAAUGACCAAUUCAUUUCAUCUUCAGUGUCAAUUAAAAUGAGUUUAAAGAGUUUCUCCAUCACAGUAUUACUACAGCACAGAGAACUUUUAUUUGUUUUAUCAAUUUGCAUGCACUGAUUUUUAGUUUGCUUAAACCUCAUUUCCAGCAUUGUUCAUUUCGUGUUAAAUUCUUGUAUUGAAUGUUUACGUGCUAGUUUGGAUCUUGAUUAUCCAAAUCAAACUUUGGGAGGUUUUAAUGUUUGAAAAGGGAAGAUGUGUGGGUUAUCUGAAACUGCGGUCUUGUUUUGGUUUCAUUUCAGCUUGAUAUGGUAAAUGUGACCUUUUCCCAGGGUGGAACUAUUAAUACAAACUCAUAACUACAUGAUGAUUGUGAAUUAAGACCCAGUGUUGAGGAUGUUUGCUGAAAACGAAAACUGUUUUUGGUUUAGGAAUGCAUUGGUUGAGUAUUUACAAUCAUUUUCAUACAUUUAUUUCAUCAUGGGUGCAUUUUAGUUUGUUUUUCUUAAAAAAUAUAUUGCACUGUCAAUGUAACAAAAACAAUGAGGCAAACAAUAAAACAUGAUUACAAAAAAUA